AUGACGAACUCGGUACACGGGACAGGGCGGGACGAUAGGCUGGGGAUAAUCGCAGCGCUCUUGGUAGCCGUGGUGGCCGUACUUGUGAGCUUCGUCACCAUGUUUGUACUGGUGAGGCAGGGGGCGGAUCUCAGCGAAAGGUCUCGGCAAGCGCAGCUAAACGGAAUGGAAGCGCACCUGAAGGAAAUGGAAGCCCAGGUGCAGGAGAUACAACAGUGGAGAGAACACCUGGACGUGCAGGUCAGUCCUCAGGGCCCGAGCGCUCGUGAACAGCAGAAUGGAGAGGGGCGUGGCAAGAGCGCCACCUUCCUGUACGGAGCUGAAGUGCAUCACCGAGAUAAGAGAUCUGUGUCCAACAUCGGGAAAUUUGCGAACAAGGUUACACUGCCAACGACUUUAGGGGGAUGUUUGGCUGGGAACCAGGGAGAACCCGGAAGGGACGGCAGAGAUGGCUCUACCGGACCUGUCGGUCCUCCUGGUCCCGCUGGUCCGACAGGCACGACUGGUCCCGCUGGUGCGACAGGUCUGACAGGGUCGCGUGGGAACCCAGGCCCUCCCGGCACGACAGGCACUGCUGGUCCGAUGGGACCGCGUGGAUACCCCGGGGCCGUGGGCUCUCCCGGUCCGGCUGUGCUGCUGCUCAACACCAACACCGGACCCGCCUCCUACAACUCGUCCUCAUUAGGGUGUAACCUGGGAGACCAUCCUGAUGAGGCAUCUUUCGUCAGCGCCAUCAACACCAUGACGCGCCAGGGAGGAGGCACCAAUACCGGAGCUGCGAUGGAGUACGCACGGCAAAAUGCGGCAUGGAGACCUGCACCUGUCCCAAAGAUCAUGAUAGUUCUGACCGACGGACAGUCAUCUGACAGCGUGGUGGCGGCUGCCCAGGCUCUGGCCGCGGACCAAGUGACCGUGUUCGCCAUCGGUGUGGGCAGCUUUGACCACUCGGAACUACUGGAGAUUACCAACAACAAACCAGGCCGAGUGUUUGAGCUGGCUGACUUUACCGGCCUGGCACAGAGCAUCAACCGGAUUGUUCGCGCCGUCUGCAACGACAUACGACUGGCUGGUGGAUCCGGUGACCACGAGGGAAGGGUGGAACUUUACCACAACGGACAAUGGGGGACGGUCUGUGACGACAGUUGGAGCCUGAGGGACGCCGAGGUGGUGUGCCGUCAGCUGGGGUUCUCUGGGGCUGAAUCGGCGCCAUGUUGCGCCUCCUUCGGUCAGGGAACUGGACAGAUCUGGCUGGAUGAUGUACAGUGCAGCGGGACACCCUGGAUUCCAACCGAGCAAACAACGUUACUAACAACCGAGCAAACAACGUUACUAACAACCGAGCAAACAACGUUACUAACAACCGAGCAAACAACGUUACUAACAACCAAGCAAACAACGUUGCAGACAACCGAGCAAACAACGUUACUGACAACUUUGUCAACAAGCGUUCCCCAGACAACCGAAGAUCAACUGACUACAAAUGCGUUCCCGAUACCUGAUCCGUGUGCUGUAACGUCAGACCUGUUCUUCGUUCUGGACGGAUCUGGCAGCGUCAGCGUUUCAGACUUCGACACAGUCAAACAGUUUGUUGUGGCAGUGGUCAGCGCUUUCACCAUCGGUUUAUCUGACACUAGAGUUGGCGUGCUCCAAUACUCAACUACCAGCUCAUUGGAGUGUAACCUGGGAGACCAUCCUGAUGAGGCAUCUUUCGUCAGCGCCAUCAACACCAUGACGCGCCAGGGAGGAGGCACCAACACCGGAGCUGCGAUGGAGUACGCACGGCAGAACGCCGCCUGGAGGCCAGCACCUGUCUCAAGGAUUAUGAUAGUUCUGACGGACGGAAAGGCAUCUGACAGCGUGGUGGCGGCUGCCCAGGCUCUGGCCGCGGACCAAGUGACCGUGUUCGCCAUUGGUGUGGGCAGCUUUGACCAUUCGGAACUACUGGAGAUUACCAACAACAAACCAGCCCGUGUGUUUGAGCUGGCUGCCUUUGACGCCAUGGCUCAAUACAUUAGUCGGAUUGCCCGGGCUGUCUGCAACGAUAUCCGGCUGGUCGGUGGAUCUGGUGACCACGAGGGAAGGGUGGAAGUCUACCACAACGAGCAGUGGGGGACGGUCUGUGACGACAGUUGGACACAACCAGACGCCGAGGUGGUGUGUCGCCAGCUGGGGUUCCCUGGUGCUGAGCGGGCAACAACUCUUGCCUCCUUUGGACAGGGUACCGGACAGAUCUGGCUGGAUGAUGUUGGGUGUACCGGGACUGAGUCACGUCUGCAAACCUGCAGUCACAGGGGAUGGGGCAGCCAUAACUGCGGACAUCAUAAAGAUGCUGGAGUUGUCUGCAAUGUUCCGCACUCCCCAGAUAUCCGACUUGUUGGUGGAUCCGGGGAACACGAGGGAAGGGUGGAAGUCUACCACGACGGACAAUGGGGGACGAUCUGUGACGACUGGUGGGGACAGACUGACGCCGAGGUGGUGUGCUGUCAGCUGGGGUUCCCUGGUGCUGAGCGAGCGACAUCUCGGGCUUCCUUCGGUCAGGGAACCGGGCAGAUCUGGUUGACUCGGGUCAGGUGCAUCGGGAGUGAGUCACGUCUGCAAAACUGCAGUCACAAUGGAUGGGGCAAUACUCCUUACUGCGGACAUCAUGAAGAUGCUGGAGUUGUUUGCAAUGAUCUCCGACUGGCAGGCGGAACUGUGGACCGCGAGGGAAGGGUGGAAGUUUUCCACAACGGACAAUGGGGGACGGUCUGUGACGAUGCCUGGGGACAGACUGACGCCGAGGUGGUGUGCCGUCAGCUGGGGUUGUCUGGUGCUGAGCAGGCAACAACUGGGGCUUCCUUCGGGCAGGGAACCGGGCCGAUCUGGCUGGAUGAUAUUGGGUGUACCGGAAGUGAGUCACGUGUACAAACCUGCAGUCACAGCGGAUGGGGCAAACAUAACUGCGGUCAUCAUAAAGAUGCUGGAGUUGUUUGUAAUGACAUACGGCUUGUUGGUGGAUCCGGUGACCACGAGGGAAGAGUGGAAAUCAACCACAACAGACAGUGGGGGACGGUCUGUGAUGAUAACUGGAGCCUGAGGGACGCCGAUGUGGUGUGCCGCCAGCUGGGGUUUCUUGGAGCCAAAUCCGCGCCGUGUUGCUCCACCUUCGGUCGGGGGAGCGGCCGGGUCUGGCUGGAUGAGGUGGGCUGCAGCGGGAAUCCUUGUAGUCCUGGUCAGCACCGAGUGCUGAAUGAACCAUGGCGGAACGUUGGACGUCGUGUCUCUUAUCAUUGUGACCGGAACUUCAACGGCGAGUGGUACCGCUUCAUGGGCUUGGCCGGGUCCCAAAUGCUAACGCGUAAUCCCGGGAGAACCAGCACAUGCGGCGCUACUUAUCCGACAUGGAUGAACGGAACCCACCCGACACCUGCCGACGGAGAGGUGUCCCGUCAGGUGUGCUCUUACAGGUACAGCGGUGACUCCUGCAGGUACCCAGCAACCAUCCAGGUGAAGGCGUGCCGUGCCGGGUACUACGUGUACAAGCUGCCCAGACGUAGUUGCAGCUAUGGGUAUUGCGGGGACACAGGUGUUCGACUGGCUGGCGGAACCGGAGACCACGAGGGUAGGGUGGAAAUCUUCCAUAGCGGUGAAUGGGGGACUGUCUGCGACAAUAACUGGAGCCUGAGGGACGCUGAGGUGGUGUGCCGACAGCUGGGGUUCCCUGGCGGCGCCCGGCAGGCAACGACUGGAGCCUCCUUCGGUAACGGGACCGGCCCGAUCUGGCUGGACGAUGUCGGCUGCAGGGGAAGUGAGACAUCUGUGCAACUCUGCAGCCACAACGGCUGGGGCACCCAUAGCUGCGGACAUCAUCAGGAUGCGGGGGUUGUCUGUGUCGACAUAAUAGACUGCUACCAAUAUUAUGCGUCAGGACAGAGAACAAACGGAGUCUACACAGUUGAGGUGGCAUCCUCCGGGGUACAGGCAUAUUGUGACAUGGUGCACGAUGAGGCGGAUAACUACCGGCUUUGGUAUCGUUGGAGUUCCGGUACUGCAGGAAACUGGCCUUUCCAUCACGAUCAGAGCUUCUCCACUGUGGACAGGGACAACGACCUCUGGAGCGGCGGCAACUGUUCUCAGGCGGAGGGAGGACAGGGCGGCUGGUGGUUUGGGGAGUGCGGAUUCCCCAACUUCAACGGGUGCUACCGGGGCCAGUGCGGGCCUUCUUGUUCAGGCAGAGAUGGGCUGACGUGGCAAUCCAGCGAAGGCAAGUGGCACCUGUUGAAGUCUGUUGUAAUGAAAAUCAGGCCAGGUUAA